AGCACACUUCCCCUGCCGUGUCUGCUUCUGAUGAUGCUCCUUUUUGCUUCUAUAACUUGACUCAGAUUCGCCUCGUGAGACUGUUGAAUCUUCAUCGCCUCUUCAUCACUCGCUUUCCAUCCACACACCGGUCAUCUGGGGAAAAGGGUGCUUUUGAAGCACACCAUCGGCCACUUACAGCCCUAGCAGGGGACCGUGAUCGACACCACUUGGUGUUUGCGCCCAUACAAUCCCAUUGCCACUUGACAAGAGACUCAACCGGCCAAAUCUCCUCUUUCCAAUCAUCGGAAUAGCCCCCAGACGACAAGCAAUCCCACACAGUCAGAAUCCAGAAGAAAGCACUUUCGAAAUGGCCCCAACAAAAACAUUAGCCUCAUUGGCCAGCCUGUUCAUCCGCCAGGACCCACCCACGGCCACCGUCACCGUGGUGCAACAAGCCGACGACGGCAACGGCAACGGCGGUGGAAAUGACCAUCUCAGCACCGGUGCCAUCGUCGGCAUCGUGAUCGGAGUCAUUGUCGGUCUCAUCCUGCUCUGGUGGAUCUUCAAGUCGCUGUCCCGCGACAAGAACUCGAGGAUGGCACCGGCUCCGGACCGCCAAGCCUACGACCCCGACAUGCCGCCCGCUGCCAUGUACCGGUCUCGAUCUUCCAGGUCACGCUCGGCGCACCGCUCACGCUCGCGCGGCCACCAUCACCACCAUCACAGACACUCGUCGAGGUCGAGGUCGAGACCGGUGGUGUAUGACGAUAAGAUGUAUGUGGCUACGCCGGUACAACCGGCGGCUGUGUACACGUACCCUGAUCGGAGGAGUCGGUCGAGGUCGAGGUCGAGAUACUAGGUUUCUUAAUCCAGAGGUUGAUCAGGGGAAAAGAGUGUGAUGGAUGAAAGGUGGCCGGGUCGAAAACCUGGGGCCACAUAUGAAUGGCUCUGCCUCCCUGCCGAAGAAAUGAUCUUGAUGGGAAGACGAUAUUGAUGAAGUUAUGAAUGAUGAUGACCACCGCCAAACCACAGCGACGGAGACUGCUACAGUCACGCAACGACAUGAUGAUGAUGGUAAUGCAGCGAGAGACGAAGCUGGACUGUACUAUUCUUA